ACAACGAGUAGUUUAAUAGCACUUUUAUUUACGAGUUUACACAGAAACGGUCUCAGGAUAUUUCUAUAUGCACUAAUAUAAUGGUUAGAGGGUUUAUUGACUGUCACUGUCACCUGUCAGCAAAUGAGUUUACACAGGAUAUAGACGAUGUCCUUUUGAGAGCUAAAAAGGCUGGAGUGAACGCUCUUGUGGCGGUUACAGAGGGAGCCAGUGAGUUUGAGAAAGUUAUUCAGCUGUCAAAAACCUAUCCUGGUUUUGUGUUCCCUUGUUUUGGCAUUCAUCCCCUUCAAGGAUCAGGGCAAGACUUGCACAGUGUCAAGCUUCAGGACCUGGAGCCAUGUCUUCAUUUGUUCCAGAAGUACAGAGAUUAUAUCGUUGCAGUUGGGGAGAUUGGCCUUGAUUUUACCCCCUGGUUUGCAAAAACUACUCAAGAGCUUGACGAACAGACAAAAGUCUUUAUAAAGCAACUUGAAAUAUCUAAGGAACUGGAUUUGCCUGUGAAUGUACAUUCCCGCUCAGCAGCCAAGGUUACCAUAGCCACAAUGAAAGAACUAGGGAUUAGACAAGCGUUAUUGCAUAAUUUUGCCGGCAAGCCGUCAGUUGCUAUGGAAGGGGUUCGGGCCGGAUUCUGCUUCUCCUUUCCACCUGCCGUCAGCAAAAACGAGCAGAGAGCAAAAUUAAUCAGACAGAUUCCAGUGGAACACAUUUGCCUUGAGACGGAUUCUCCAGCUUUGGGGAUGGACAAACAUGUUCGAAACGAGCCCGGAAACAUAAAGAUCUGCUGUGACUACAUUGCAAAAGUUAAGGGACUAUCUUCAGACGUGGUUAUGGAAGUCACGACGCAAAAUGCCCUUCGAUUGUUUUCCAAGUUAAAAACCUAGAAUUAAUAUUUUGAUAUAAUUUGUGGAGGAAGAAAACACACAGAGACGUAUAUAUCCUUGCUCCGAAAUUUAUUUCCAAAUACAAUGGUUUAUUUAGGCAUUUUCAGAGGGGAGUUUUACCCCUCUAGCCAAUGAAACCAAAGAUGGCGCAUGUUGCAUACAUGCCAAAAAAAUGUGUACUUAUAUAAGAUAGAGAUAUCAAAAGGAAGUUAUAAGGAAUACUCAUGGACAACAAAAAACACUUCUUUUUGCCAAGUAUCAAAAGUGUAGCAAGACUGGACCCUUCUAACAUCCAGACACAUGUGUCUAUGAGAGAUGCUACAGAACAUUAAGGAAAAACUAAAUUGCACAGAAAAAGGGAGGAAAGCAUCCGUGUGGGAAUGCAAUAAAAAAACUGAGUUGUAGAGAGGACAAGGACAUGGGGAUCUCUCAGAGGAGAGUGUGUCAAAAUCUUAACAGUAUGGCAAUGAGAUUACUAUUUA